AUGUUGGAAUACUUCACGUACAAGAAGAUCAAGAAGCAUAGGGCCGAGAAAGCGGCCGCAGAAGAGGCUGCACAUGCCACGGAGGCGGGGCCUGCAGCCGAUCAAACACCUGCGCAGACCCAUGCGCCUGUGCCUGAGAUCAAGACCGAGGCAAACGAUGCAUCUGCUCAGGGUCAAGAGAGGCACAGCACCGAACACCGUCCCAGCUCCGAUACCCCUCCUCUAAGCCCGGUUCUCGACCAAGAUGACGAGUCCUGGCUCCGAAGCAUCCUCGAAGAUGACAGCCCGCCCCCACCCUUGCCACCGCGCAUCAAGACCCCCCAGAUCGACCUGUCGUCAGCCUCCGAGAGUGAGUUAGAGGCUGUUAAGGAACUGGACGCCAAGAGCAAGAAGGAGAAGGAGAAGGAUAAGAAGAAGCACGAAAAGGAGAAGAAGAAGGAAAAGAAAGAGAAGGAGAAGAAGGAAAAGGAGAAGGAAAAAGAAAAAGAAGAAAAGCAUCCCAACCGUCUUACAGCUCUAUUCACGAGACACAAGAAGCAGGGCGAUGAGCUCAAGCCAGAGGAUGUUGUUGUUUCUACCCAGGAAGCCGAACAGGAGACAAAGGACCUUGGAAAUGUCCUCGAUCGUCUGAACCUCCAGGCCAAGAACAACAAAAUCGUCUCCCUCUCCAACGAGUCAUCCGAUCUCCUGUCGCGCUUCACACAGGUCUUCAAGGACCUCGCCAACGGCGUGCCGACGGCAUACAACGAUCUCGCAAGCCUCAUCGAGGACCGCGACGGCGCCAUCAACCGAGGCUUCGAGAAGAUGCCCUCGUCCCUCCAGAAGCUCGUCACUCAGCUUCCAGACAAGCUGACGUCGUCUCUGGCGCCAGAGAUUCUCGCAGCUGCGGCCGAGAGCCAGGGUCUCAAGGCCCAGACGGAAAAGGGCGUCAAGGAGGCUGCCAUGGACCUGCUCAAGCCACAGAACUUGACUGACCUUGUGACGAAGCCUGGUGCUAUUGUCAGUAUGCUCAAGGCCGUCGUCAACGCCCUCAAGGUGCGGUGGCCCGCCUUUAUCGGCACAAACGUCAUCUGGAGCGUUGCACUAUUCUUGCUCAUGUUUGUACUCUGGUACUGCCAUAAGCGCGGCCGCGAGGUCCGGCUUGAGCGCGAAAAGUCCGAAACUGAGGCCCCUAUUGAUGGAAGUGAGCGCAUCGAGGAGCUUCCUGAUGACCCUCAGCUCCCUGCACCCGAGACCGCUACCGCGACCUCGAGCACCAACCCAGCGGCCACCAGAGAGCCUGUAUCACCAUUAUCGGAGGCGUCACCAGUUGUUGUUGAACCAGCUGCCCCACGUGAUUCGGCUCCUCGUUGA